CUACUGUACCUUCUCAUCCAUCUUUCCGGCGCCCUGGAUUUCCUCGCCCGUGGCCAUGUUGGCUCGAGUUGGCCUGGCUAGGCCGCGCCCACUCGGGGUGCCAUGUACGUGGCGGCGUGAUCAUGCACGCGCAUGCGUGCUAUGAGGUCUGAGCCAGGAGACGGAUACGUGGCAGCCCCCGAUGGCAAUUCGCAAUCACCAGGUGUGCUGGGCGGCAGACGUGGACUUGCGAUCAACGUCGUCUUGGUUUUGUUUUUCAGCAUCAGCGCCCACGCCUCGAAGAACGCCCUGGCGCCGGCGCAGCCCAAGCUGGAGAGGAUGGGCCUCGGCCCCGUCGCGUACGCGAUCGUGUCCGCGACGCCCAUGCUGGGCGGCAUAGUGCUGCCCACGGCCUGGGGCUCGGCGUACUUGGACCACGAGAGGUUGGUGCUGGUCGCCGUGCCGCUCGGCGAGCUCCUGGGGUUGGUGCUCGUCACCGCAGGCUUCUGGCUGCUGGAGGUUCCGUGGGCGGCCCGCUGGUGGGCCGAGGCCCUCAUCGCCGGGGGGCUGCUCGCUUUCAGCGCCUUCCACGGCGGCGCCUACGUCGUGCAGUGCACGGCGCUCCAGCGGGUGCUGCCCUUCGGGGAGACCACGGGCUUCGUCGCCACGAUCGGCUUCACCAAGUGCACCGUGGCCGCGUGCAACUUCUUCGUGCCGCCGAUCCUGCUGGAGCACGGCGUCCUCGGGGUGCAGCUCGCCCUGCUGGUCCCGGGCCUGAUGUCCGUGGUCGCGGGCUGUUGGUUGGCCUGCCGCGCGGACAGGUUCCCGGUGAAGCACGCGCGUUCGGUCAGGGUCUUGGACCAGGACUCGAUCAUCUCCGAGGAGCAGGGCCCUCAGGGCGGUUGCUUCACGAACGUGUCGAGGAGGCUCUUCGACGCCUCCAGGGGCACCGGGGUCAUCCUGCUGCUGAGCUUCUGGAGGGCCAUCAUCAUGGGGGCCCUGCACUCCUUCGCCACGAUUCAGAACGGGUUGGUCUCGAGUUACGGCUUGUCCAGCGAACAGGCCGGGGUGUUGGUGGGCACCUGCCAAACAAUCGCCCUUUGCUCCCUGGUCGUGCUCAGCGUCGUCGCUGACUGCGCCGGGAGGCGGGUCCUGAUCGUCGUCAUGUCGUGCAUCGUCGCCGCUGGUGGCAUCGUUCUCGCGAUGGGCCCAGGCGUGCCCUGGUGGGCAUGGCAGGGGUCGCUGGUGUCGGUGGCGCUCGCCUCGCUGGUGAUCCCCGUCGUGGCCCUGUCGCUCGUGAAGAGGAACAGCCUUCGAGGCUUGGGCUUUUCGUUUGGUGUGCUCGAGUCCGUGUUCAGCUUGGCGCAGGUGUUCUUCACGCUCGUCAUCGGAUGCCUCAGGAAGUGGGGCAAUGGAGAUUAUCGAAGAGCGGCGAUGGUUUUCAAUGCUUUCUGUUUGUGUGUUGGUGCUGCAACUUCGUUGGUGGUGGCACGCAAGGUGAAGGACCUGGACACUAGCCCAAUGAAAGGCGGAUGGUCCAGAGUGCAGUUGAUAAGCAGGCCGACGCUGCGGUCGCUGUUUGCCUAGUGUGCUCUUGAGCUGGGCAAGACUGAUUUCACGGGGUUUUGAUGUGUGGAGUUCGUCUUUCGGCCUGCUGCGGAGCACGCCCGACGUGGGACAAGGACUUGGGCCCUGCUUGUCGCGAUGCAGGCUAUUCCGGCGUUGUGUUGCAAGCCGCUCGUGCCGAGAAGUAUGUCCUUGUGGUUAGUUUAUGAAGUGUGCUGAAGUUAUCGUUGUCGGAAAAUACGCAUGAAAUCAAGCCUGGGCACGGCCUGUUCAGGAUAGGCAUCGCUCGUGCGGGUAUUUGGGGCGCGCUAUCGUGGCAGGAGAAGUGCCACUCGCCUUUUCGGCCACCUGUCUGUCUCCAGCUACGCCCCGACGGGCCCGGAAUGUGCACAGGAUGUGUAGUCUCCGCCAGCUGCGGGCUGCACUUUGGCCUUUAUGCCUCUGGAGGUUGUGCAGGCUCUAUGUGCUGGCCGUCGCGCGCCGCCCAGCGCGCUCUCGAGAAACGACUCGGUUGGAAAAUAAACAACUGGGGCUGA